CAUCUCCUCACUCACCAGCCUCAAUCUCGCGUUACACCUGACCUGUAUGUCGAUGAUUAAGCUGCGCCGCAUCGACUAGACGAUGUGUCAGCGCCCUCCAGGUCAAGAAGAUGCUGGUCCUGCUACUGUACCGAAAUCCGAUUCCAAUGUCUCGAAGUCAAAUUCGAGUCAAGGGCCAGCACGUCCCUACCCACAAAUGCUGCAGUUUGUGAGUGUAGGACCUGGGGGCUCAGUCUCAAGUCCCAACAUUGUGAGGUCGCACGCAAUAAAGGGAUAUCACCAGAGGAGGAAGGAGGCCAAGAAGGCUUAUCUGAAUAGCUUGACCCAGCAGAGAAAUGUGCAGCUACGCCCAAUUGGGAUUGCUCCAAGGUCUCAGGCUGUGACCAAGAAAUCACGGGGGCUUUCAGUCGGCCCCAUAGCCAAGGCUACCAGCGAAGAGGUCGAACGGCAUGAGGAUGUUCCGGUGAGAGUGGAAGAACAAAACGAUUAUGAAUCGGUCGAAGGGGCGGUGGAGGCGGAAAUCAUUCGCCAGGAAGAUCGCCAGUUAUGUCUCUUGACAACAAUUGAAAACAAAGCAAACAAUUUGGUACCAUAUGCCUGGUUUGAAAAAGAUGGCCCAGUUCUUUAUGUCAACCGAAGAAAAUGGCCAUUCCCAACCCCCUUCCAAGUGACUGGAUCAGAUCGUACAGACCAGAGCAUGAAGAGCUUAACCCCCAGACAAUCUGCCUGGAUGCCUUAUACCAGAAGUCCAGACUUUACGACAGUUAAAGGCGCAGUAUUAGACCUAGAUGUAUUGUCCUGGAUAAGUCAAACUCCUGAAUGUUAUCAAUUCCGGGUCGAAACAAUCAAGUGGAUCCAGGACCGGCUAGAGGACCCCAAAAAAGCGUUCGACUACGCCACAAUUGGUGCGAUCAUGACCUUCAGCAUGUGGACUGCAGGUUAUGGAGACUCGACAGAGAUUAGUACUCACAUGGAUGCUGUGCAACGCAUUAUCGACACAAGAGGAGGGUUUACUUCUUUCCAUCACGAUGGUCCUAUGGUAGCAAAACUAACACUUUUUGAUAGCAUGGUAGCGGUCCUGACGGGGAAAGCUGCCCGGUUCCCUCAGGUGGACUACUACCUCUCGAGACCAGUAUCAACACAAGCCGCCAUAAUCCACGAAUCACCCCUCUCAGGCGAUGGAAAUUUCGAGAGCAUCAUAACAUAUCGCAGUAAACCCGAACUCAUCAUCCUCCUACUCAAACAAAUGUGGACACUCACAAUAGACCACCGCCUCCAAACACUCUACGAAGAUUCUACCACAUCUCGCCCUCAGAUAUCCUUCUCUUUAGAACCGCAAUCUAACUACAGUACGCACCUCCUGACUCUUCCUCUCCUCUCAACCUGCCGCGACCCAAAACACAACCACGUCCUCGAGACCCUCCAACAUGCAGGCGCUAUCUACCACCGCGCCGUCGAGUUCCUCGACAUCGACUUCCCGUCUCCUAUCAACAAUCGAGCCUUCCAAGAUCUCUGCACUGAAUUUGGAAAAUGUUCCGAAGAUGAAUUCUGGGUAAGGUAUCCUGGUGUUCAGCUCUGGGUCCUGCUCGUGGGAACGGCGGCAGCGAGAGGCAAGAAAGAAGCAGCUUUCUGGAUGUUCUAUCUCAGCAGAACGGGGAGUUUUUCCAAUGCUGCGAAUUGGUUGACGGGAAAUGCGGCCAUUAGGUUGUUUCUGGAUAUACAGCGGCGGAUGAGGGAAGCUGGAUGUUCUUCAUGACCAGUUCGAAACGACGGGAUGAUCGUGAUCCAUUGUUCAAGCCAAGUGUUUGACCACGAGGGGAUAGAGCGGGAAACAAGAGGCUUCCGCGUCAUGGGGCGGCCAUAAUGCAGAAGAAAUGUUGGGUUCCUAUAGGGACUCCCUAGCUGUGGAACCAGUCAUCAGCAUGCUCCGAGACCUGGCUAUUUUGCCAAUUUUAAAGGUCCGGAUUUCGCAUCCAAUCUCCUCACCGCAGAACAACCUCGAAAUCGCCAACCAGAUUUUCAUCAGUCCAAAACAAGAAUCAACAUUACGAUUAUCGUCCACGAUGACGGAUAUACGACCAGAAACAUUCUCUCAAAAUACCCACAUACCUUUCAAGCACAUUUUGUUUUAUUACCACAUCAGGUUAGAAGCUGCAAACAAAGCGGGAGCUAAGACGCGGAAGAUCGACAAGGCUGAAGUGGAAGAAGGCUAGCUGAAAGUUUAUUAGUGCAGAUGCUUAGUGGACGCUGCACACAUCGCAUGGCAUAUAUUUGGGCUUCGUUUGGGUUGGACUGGACAGGUUUAACAGAUACCUGUCCUGUCUGUCUUGAAACAUUGAUUAGCGGAUUUGGAUUUGAUAUGAUACAGUAUAUACAUAAAGGAAGGUAAACAGUACAACUUACAGGAUUUGAUGGGUGUUGGAGUUGGGAUACAUGGGCAUGAGCAUGGGCAUGGGAUGGGUAAGGUAUAUAUAUACGAUACGUACAUAGAACAAGCAGGUAGAAACGAUAUACAAGGAUCCUAGGCUUCACUUUCAUCGCUUCGUCAUUCAUCAGACCACGACUUUAUACCCCCGCUCUCUGUACAUCUUCCUCUCCAUCCACACAUAUAUCUUCCUCCAUCCUAAACUGUCUUGUAUGCAUUGAUCCAUCCUCCUUCUAGAUAGUUGGGACUGUCUUUUCUCACUCCGGACUCCUGAAUACCAUGGCCACUUUCGCCAUAGAACCUCAUCGCAACAGUCGCCGGCAAGAUAGUAAGGGAAGGUUUGGAUAACAAGAAGAACUAAGCUAAAAAGAAGAGAGCAGGAGAGAAGGAGUGAGAUAGAAAGAGAAGAAGAGAAAUGGGAACGUG